AUGGCAUUGAAUUGGGAUCGCGAGACGUCGGUCGGCGCCCUCGGAGCCAUGAAGAGCCACCGGGUUCCACGCUUCCGGGCGAUCUGCACGCGAUCGCUGGUAAAUUGCCGAUUCGAGCCUCAUGCCAAGAUCACGCGUCUCGGUCCCGACGCGCGGUCCGCGGCUUCGCCCACGCGGCAAGUCCCCCCUCUCUCUCCUUCGUCUGCAACAUCCCGUCUCCCAGCUGCGGGAACGGGCGUGGCGACCUGCGUCCCUUUCAUUUCUGUCGCAGAACGCGGCUCGCAGAAGCCCGCGAUCGGGGCCCAGCACAGGUUCUGGCGUGCCUCCGUCUUCGCAGCCGUGCGCGCGAUGCCGGCAUCGGCGAUUUUCGGUGCGCGCGCACUCAGAGUUGCCUCUUCGAGCGCAAUGCCUCUCAUCGCUGGCCUCUCGUCUCCUUUUGGCGAGGGGGCUGCAUUCAGAGGCUCGAAGGGCCCUGCGACCUCUGUGCCUUCCUCUGCUAAGCUCCUGUGGCGGGACGCUUCUGUGGCGAGCGCUGAGAUACCGCUGCAGCACCCUAACACCCUAUCUUCGGCAUUUUCGCCGCCUCGCACCUGCUGA